ACAUUCUUUCGAUUCCUUACCCUAAACCCUUUUCCCAUCUUUAAUACUCCUCCUUCUUCACUCAUUAAAUUAAUCAUUACCCUUUGUAGUUUUCUCCUUGCACCACUAUCCAGAGUCCAGAUCUUCUCCCCAACAAAAAAGCUCAUUUUGUUCCUUCUCUUUUGUCACUCUCCAAUUCUCUAAAACUCCCUUUUUAUGAACACAAUGUUUCGAUUUCCACCAUUUGUUUCGAUUUUCUUUUUUUGCUUCUUCUUUUGGUUUCACAUUUCUUUUGGGCACUUGAUAACCUGCUCAGGUAUAGUUCCGAUGAGGUACCGGAGCGAUAAGGUAUCGAUAGCGGACUUCGGUGCCGUUGGCGACGGAAAGACGGUCAAUACGAAGGCGUUCCGGGCAGCUAUAUUUCGGAUUCAGCAUCUGAGAAGGAGAGGUGGCACACUGCUUUAUGUGCCUCCUGGGGUGUACUUAACGGAAAGCUUUAAUCUUACUAGCCAUAUGACUCUUUAUUUGGCUAGAGGCGCCGUUAUCAGAGCCACUCAGGACACCUGGAAUUGGCCUUUGGUUGCUCCUUUGCCAUCUUAUGGAAGGGGAAGAGAGCGACCUGGUGGAAGAUACAUGAGCUUCAUUCAUGGAGAUGGACUACAAGAUGUCGUGAUCACCGGUGAGAAUGGCACAAUUGAUGGCCAAGGAGGUGUCUGGUGGAACAUGUGGAGACAGGGAAGCCUCCAAUUUACAAGACCAAAUCUUGUUGAGUUCAUGAAUUCCAGAGGCAUUAUCAUUUCCAAUGUGAUUUUCAGAGAUUCACCUUUCUGGAACAUUCACCCCGUUUAUUGCAGGAAUGUUGUUGUUCGAUAUGUUACCAUCGUGGCUCCGUCUGAUUCCCCGAACACUGACGGGAUCGAUCCUGAUUCGAGCUCCAAUGUCUGCAUAGAAGACUCAUUCAUCUCCACUGGAGAUGAUCUCGUUGCUGUGAAGAGUGGAUGGGAUGAAUACGGGAUCGCUUACGGACGCCCCAGCUCUCACAUUACCAUCCGACGAGUAACAGGGUCAUCCCCAUUUGCUGGAAUCGCGGUGGGAAGUGAAGCCUCCGGUGGAGUGGAGAACGUCUUGGCUGAGAACAUAGUUCUUUACAACAGCGGAAUCGGUGUUAACAUCAAAACUAACAUCGGCCGGGGAGGGUUUAUAAGAAACAUCACAGUAACUCAAGUGUUCAUGGAGAACGUAAGAACCGGUAUCAAAAUCGCAGGCGACACAGGGGACCACCCUGAUAACCGGUUCAACCCGAACGCUCUCCCUUAUGUCAAGGGCAUCACGUUGAAGAACAUUUGGGGUGUGAGAGUCCAGCAAGCUGGUUCGAUACAAGGCCUGAAGAACGCCCCUUUCACCGGCAUCUGUCUUUCGAAGAUUAACCUCCAUGGCAUGACUGGACCAAGAUCUCCUCCAUGGAAGUGCUCCGAUGUAAGUGGAGCUGCUAUCGAGGUAAGUCCAUGGCCAUGCGCCCAACUCACUAGCCCACAACAGAGUGAUUCAUGCGCCAGUCAUAUCUAGGAUUCAUUCAUAUUAGUCUUUAAUUUUCAUAUAAAAUAGUUCAUGUCCUUUAAAUUGAUCUCCGGAUCUCUGUAAUCGAUUGAAAACCAGAAGAAAACCAAUACUCCUAAAGAGAGUUCUAUAUAGUGUUAUUAUUAUACAAGCAAAUCUCUUAU